GAACGCGGCAUCAGAUGAUGAGCGGGUCAGGCAGGUGUGGUCGGCAGGGAGACAUUCCGACCGGAGCCGUGAUCCACAACCGGGACUCAGCCAGCGCGUUACCGCAGAAGGCCAAAACCAUGAGCGGCCUACCGGGAACCGAACCUUCCAGAUGACCGAACACCUGAAGCGUCCUGGGAUGAAAAGGGAACCAGAGCGACUGAAGGGAUCGAACUCAAAGGGACGUCUGCAGAUGCUUCUUUUCGCACAAAGGGAUGGAGUUCAGGGUCAUAACUGCUCAUAACUGGAUUAACGAUCUGUGCACCAGCCUCAGAAUGACAAACCUGGAGAUGUGAGGACUUGCUGUGGGAGUGCUGCUGAUAGAACACAACUGGAAAUCCCCUGCAGGAGUCACCGGGUGGAACUGGAACUAAGGUGGAACCAACCAGGCGCCGUCGGCCGUCAAGUAUGAAUCAUAAGUGCUCACUUCUUCACACGUUCUGCCGGCUGCCGCGGUUUCACCCUGAAACCGACCAGGAUGAUGUGAGCGCCUGAACUGGAACUUAAAUGGCCGCUGUGCUGCUCUGAGCUGGGAGCGACUGAACAAACUCUGCACGUGAAACUGGUUUGACUUGGGAGUCAAGUUCGAGGCGUCCAGAUGGCCGGAAAAGACUACAAUCAUCUGUUCAAGCUGCUGAUCAUCGGAGACUCCAAUGUCGGGAAAAGCAGCCUCCUGCUUCGCUUCGCAGACAAUUCAUUCUCUGGCAGCUACAUCACCACCAUCGGCGUCGACUUUAAGAUCCGGACGGUCGACAUCGACGGCGAGCGAGUGAAGCUGCAGAUUUGGGACACGGCCGGACAGGAGAGGUUCAGAACCAUCACCUCCACCUACUACAGAAACACCCACGGAGUCAUCAUCGUUUACGACGUGACCAAUCCAGAGUCUUUUGUCAACGUUAGGAGGUGGUUAAAUGAAAUCUCCCAGAACUGCGACAACGUCUGCAAGAUUCUCGUGGGAAAUAAAAAUGACGACCCCGCCAGGAAACAGGUGGAGAGUCAGGACGCCAUGCGUUUUGGGGAGUCAGUCGGUGUUCGAGUCUUCGAGACAAGUGCCAAAGAAAAUAUAAACGUAGAAGAAAUGUUCAUGGCCUUCACCCACAUGGUUCUUCGGGCCAAGAAGCAGAGUCAGAACCGAGCUGAGAGGGAACGAGAACGCGAGAAGGACACGGUGAACAUGAACGCUCAUAGAGACCGAGACCGAAGGAAGAGAGGCAAGAAGUGCUGCUGAUCAAUAAACAGGAACUGAUCCGGAUCCGAUCGAAGCCUUCAGAGAUUCAUUUACUGAACGGACGAUUUCCUCUCUGCAGCCUGAAGUUAACGGAUCAUUCUGGUGUUUUUUCACGGCUUUAAAGUUGGAUGUUUUCAUCGACUCCUCGCUGCACAAACGUGUCCUGAAUCUGUAGUUUCACCUCAUCAACGCUCUCAGAUUUAUCUGUCGACUGUGGGGAAGUUUAGAGACAAUUCAGCAGCAUUUAAAGUCGUAUUAGACGACAGGAACCUGCACAAAAACCCAAUUUUUCCUGCUUCCUGAGUAAAUGUGCAGCCGUUCUGGUGAUUUGAUGAACAAGUUAUUUUUGUUAAAUUUGUUGGGCGUAUUUUUAAAUUAAAUUAACCUCCAUAUAGUAUUUAACUCAGAAACAUUCAGCUUGUAGCUUCUUGCACAAAGGAAAAAAACGAAAUGUCCUUUUUAGCGCCAACAUCAGGUUUUGAGUCCCAAAAAAAGCAACUGUUGAUGAACAUACUGACUGCAUCUGUGAAUAAUUCUGAUUUUAGAGACCCCGUGUGGGGCUGUUGAACUAAAACUGACAGUAAUUUACUGAUUUUUUUUUUUUGUGAUUGAUUGAACAGAAAACUAGUUUAAACUCUUUUCGACAUCCUCAAACGUCAAGUUUAAAAUGCUGAACAGGUAAAACCCCAGAAACACUCAGUUUAGGAUGCCGUGGCCAAAGAAGAUUCUCACAGAAAGGGAUUAAUUCUGGAAUACUUGUUUUUUUCCUUGACAAUCUGAGAUUAAAGCAGGAGGCAUUAAACCCUCAGCUGUGACUGUCAGGCACAAAACAAACAUCUAAAUAACUGUGAUUAGAUCAAAGCUGCUUUUAUUUGUGUAGUUUAUCUGUUAUUGAAGCACAUCAGAAGGCAAAGCAGCUGCAAACGUUUAAAAUCUUACAUUAUUAAAGCUGCAGUUCACAAUUGUUUCCACUGUUUGGCCUCUAAAAUGUCAGAAAAUGUUGAAAAAUGUCAGUAAGUGCUUCCCAAAGCUAGAAAUAACGACAUAUGCUCAGUUUCCUAUCAUUAAAGAGGAAAGAAACCAGAAAAUGUUUACAUUUAAGAAGCUAAAAUCUGAAAGUUUACACUGUUUGUGGUUAAAAAUGAGAUUUUAGAUGAAUUUACAUGAAGAAAACAGUAGUUUCAAGGACCAGCUUACCAACAAAAAAGCAUUUGUCAGCGAAAGAACUGGAAAGAAGCUGUACAUUCAACAAAUAUGCAUUAAAAUCCUGUCAUAAAUAGUUAAGCCAUUUUUCAGGUUAGAUUAUUAUUUUUCACUGAAGAUGGGCACUAAAAUUGUGAAAAAAAUCUUCAGUGUUUCCCAAAGUGAGAGAUGCCCGAAGGUAAAGGAAAGUUCAACAUUUUGAAACAAAUCUAUGAAAAAAAAAACUCCUAUUACACGCAGAAAAGAUCAAUUUUGAAGGCAAAUUUACAAAAAUCAACAAAGAAGUUCCACAUUUAAGAUGCGGCUCUGGUUGUGUAUUGAGGUAGAAUUCAUGACUUAUAAUAUAAAUUUAGUUGCUUGUUUCUAAAAUGUCAGAAAAUGUUGAAAAUUGUUCAUUCGUGUUUCUCAAAUACAAAGAAUCACAAAAAUAUUCAGUAGUUUACUGUUAAGGUGGAAAGAAACCAGAAAAUACUCCUAUUUAAGAAGCUAAAAUCACAUAAUUUUGACUGUUUUUAUUUAAAAAUAACUUAAACUGAUUAAUAAUUGAGAAUUAAUUUAAUAGCAGACAACUAAUUGAUUUGCUGCAGUUUUACACAUCAGCUUUACUUGUAUAUUUAUCAGCGGUAAUCCAGUAAAAUGUGACCUGUAGAGUGUUUCUUUUCAAAAACACCUUAAAAAUGUAUCGAUGAUUCAGAAAAAUUCUGUUAGAUUGUCUGAAGUGUUUCAGAUUUUGCAUUUCUUGCUCCCUAAAAGAUUUUUUUUUUAUUUUAUUUUGAUGACUUUUGUCAGAAAAAUGAAUUUUCAUCUUUUCAGGCGUCAGAUUAGAGUUUUGACACUUUAGCUACCUGAUAAUAAUCAAAUAAAGGGAAUUUUUGUUGUUGUUAAAAUCCGUUAAAAUCGCUCAGCUUGGGAAAAUCUGCAGAUGGAGCUUUUCUCUUCAACUUCCUUCCACUGCUCCUACAAAAUAAAAGCACGAAAAAGCUCAGAAAUCCUCUUGAAGUGACUGAACUGACCUGAGAUGCUUCCGAUUUUAGUGCAAAAACACCCGAAUGUUCCUUUAACUUUGCUCUUUUCUGCUCGUGUUUGUCUUAAUCCAGAACUCCUAUUUAACUCAGAAAGGGAACUAAAGUUACUAACAGGAGUUUAAACUAGUGUUUAAAUGUGUUUUAAUGUCGACUCAAUCUGAAUAAAGCAAUAAAGGCCGGUGAUUGUCAGCGAUAAUUAAUGUCAAAUAAAGAAUAAAGUAAAA